AUGUUUUGUAAGAUAUUUCCAAAAAGUGCAAGACAGGUUUUCCUCAAUUCAAAGAGACUAUUUCGAACAAUGAGCAGUGUCAAAGGUAAACCAGAAGAAGCCAAGAUAGUCGAAGUCCAUCACGUCAAAGACACCUCGGAUUGUAAGUGGAUUGGUUUACAAAAAAUCAUCUACAAAGAUCCAAACGGGAAGGAAAGAGAAUGGGACAGUGCGAUUCGUACCACUAGAGGUUCAGGUGGUGUGGAUGGUAUUGGCAUCCUGACCAUUCUAAAAUACAAGGAUGGAAAACCCGACGAAAUUCUACUACAGAAACAAUUUCGUCCUCCCGUUGAAGGCGUAUGCAUUGAAAUGCCAGCUGGCCUGAUUGAUGCGGAUGAAGAUGUCGAUACUGCGGCAUUGCGGGAACUUAAAGAAGAGACUGGUUACAAAGGAAAAAUUAUUUCUAAAAGUCCAACUGUUUUUAAUGACCCUGGUUUCACCAACACCAACCUCUGUCUUGUUACUGUCGAAGUUGACAUGAGUUUGCCUGAAAACCAAAAACCAGUGGCUCAAUUGGAAGAUAAUGAGUUCAUUGAAUGUUUCAGCGUACAGCUGCACAAGUUUCCAGACGAAAUGAUUAAGUUAGACCAGCAAGGCUAUAAAUUGGAUGCGCGUGUUCAGAAUGUGGCCCAAGGUAUUCUCAUGGCUAAACAAUACCAUAUUCAAUAA